AUGAAUAGAUUGAAAAGAAAUAAGCCAGGAACGAGGACUAAGGAGAUGUGGGCGUGGAAGCUCGAUGAUUUUUGUAAUAUGUCUGGGCCUUUUUCUGUGCAGGAAUAUAUAUGCUUUUAUUAAUUAAGUUUAGGUAUAAUAUAAAUAAAUAAAAACCCCCAAUUUUUAGAUAAAAUUGCAUACAAGAUCUAAUCAGAAAUAAUCCUGGUGACGUCGAAAGAAUAUGUGACCCACCUCAUGAUAUUGAUUUAGCUGUGUGACAAUAUGAGCAUAUAAGGCAGUUUAUUGUAGAGCUAAACAGACUUAUAGUGAAUUUGCAAGGGAUUUGUGUUCCUGAUAUGUGCCCGAAUAUGAGGGGAGGAGAAGAUACAAUGUAUUUAUGCGCUUCACAUAAGAAGCCUAAAGAAUGUUCUGCAAUAGAUUAUAUGACUCAUACUCUAGAUAACGCGACCUCAAUUUUACAGUCAAGCAGAAAUUUUAAUACCCGUAUAAGCAUCCCUAUAAACUCAACCAAACUUUUAGUAAAUAUUGUAAGAAGGCUUUAUAGACUUUUUGCACACACUUAUUUUUUCCAUAGGGAAAUUUUUAUGGAAUAUGAAAACCAGACGCAUUUGUGCUAUAGAUUUACUGAAUUUGUGCAGAAAUUUGGGAUGAUGCCGGCAAAGUUUUUUAGUAUUCCAACACAUGCUUAUAAAAAUGAUUGAUAA